AUGCUUAUUCCUUUCUUCUUCUUGCUGGGCAUCUGCCUGGUGCCAGCACAUUCGAACCCAACCGAAUAUCUCGGUAGCGCUUUCCUUCAGCAAUGUUUUGAGGAAGCCAAGAUGAUUGUUGAUAAUGCCUACACAUACUCCAGAGCAGAAAGUCUGAGACGAGUGCGCAAGGACGUGGUGAAACCUCAUGAUGCUUUGCGUCUGAUGAAGCAGCCUCGCGGAGAGACUCGCUCCUUUGUGAGGUCUGCAGACUACAUGGCGCAGACCCUGCGCCUGGUGCAGGAGAGGGUGCACCGCAUCCACAAACGCUCCCUGAACGCAACAGAUUUGCUCUCGGCGGAGGAUCUGGAGAGGCUCAGCAAAAUAACGGGAUGUGCCGCUCAAGUCAGGCCUCCGCCUUGUAGUAGCACACAAAACCUGGACAAGUAUCGCACUGCUACGAGCGUCUGCAACAAUAAAGAAAACCCCCGCCUGGGAGCGUCCAACACGCCCUUCACCCGUUGGCUUCCUGCGGAAUACGACGACGGCAUCUCUGUACCUAAAGGAUGGCACACCAACCGAACGUUCAGAAACUUCCUGCUUCCUCUGGUCCGUCAGGUGUCGAAUAAUAUCCUGAGCACGACGGACGCGGGGGUGGUCAGCGACAGAGAAUUUUCGCACAUGGUGACGUUGUAUGGCCAGUGGAACGACCACGACCUGACCUUCACGCCCUUUUCACCCAGCAUUCGCUCAUUCAGCAAUGGAGUCGACUGCGAGGAGAGUUGCGAGCGCACCGAGCCGUGCAUCCCCAUCGCGAUUCCGCCCGGCGACCCACGCUUGCCGACCGGGCCGGAUAGCUGCAUCCCUUCGUUCAGAUCCGCCCCCGCGUGCGGGACGGGAUUCUCGGCCUACAACUUUGGAGGAGAACCCAACAAGCGGGAGCAGAUCAACGCUUUGACCGCCUUCCUGGACUUGGGUCAGGUGUACGGCUCCGAGACUAAGCUCGCCCUGAGCCUCCGCGACCUCGACAGCGACGGCCUUAUGCGUACCAAUACCGAGUUUCGCGACAACGGACGGGAGCUGCUGCCCUUCAGCCCUUUGAAAGCUGAAAUGUGCGCCACCCGUGGGAGGGUUACCAAUGACCCCAACGCCACUGAGGUUCCCUGUUUCAUUGCAGGUGACGGCCGUGUGGAUGAGAACGUGGCUCUGACCUCCAUUCACACUUUGUUCUUGCGUGAACACAACCGUCUAGCCCGUGGGCUGAAAAGACUAAAUCCUCAAUGGGACAGUGAGACACUGUAUCAGGAAGCUCGCAAGAUCAUGGGAGCAUACUCACAGGUGUUUGCAAUCCGCGACUACCUGCCGCACAUAGUGGGUGACGAAGCCAUGCGCAGGUUCCUAGGACCUUACCCCGGCUACAACCCUAAGGUGGACCCCAGGAUCUCCAAUGUUUUUGCCACAGCAGCCUACCGCUUUGCUCACUUGGCCAUCCAACCCGCCUUAUCCCGCCUGAACGCCAACUACAGAGAGACCAGUCAGUUCCCUAGCGUCCCGUUGUUCAAAGCCUUCUUCACUCCAUGGAGAAUCGUUUUUGAAGGUGGGAUUGACUCCCUGCUGCGUGGUUUGGUGGGCCGUCCUGCUAAAUUGAACACUCAGGACAACAUGAUGGUAGACGCUCUGAGAGAAAGGCUCUUCCAGUUCGUGCAGCACCUGGCUCUGGACUUGGCAUCCCUGAACAUGCAAAGGGGGCGUGACCACGGUUUGCCUGGUUACAAUGCUUGGCGAAAAUUCUGUAACCUGUCCGAGCCCCAAAACCAGGCAGAGCUCGCGCGAGUGCUGAACAACAGCGAUCUGGCUAGGAGGCUGCUGCAACUCUAUGGCACACCCGACAAUAUCGACAUUUGGCUAGGGGGCGUGGCUGAGCCCUUUGUCCGCGGAGGCCGCGUGGGACCUCUGUUUGCCUGCCUCAUAGCCGUUCAGUUUAAGAACAUCCGCCAGGGUGACAGGCUGUGGUACGAGAACCCAGGCGUCUUCUCGGUGAGGCAAAGAGCCGCCUUGAACACCGCCACCCUCUCCAGAAUCAUCUGCGACAACACAGGCAUCACGACUAUCCCCAGAGACACCUUCAGCCUCAUUUCAAGGAGAAACCCGCUAGUACGUUGCAACAGUGUGCGAAGCCUUGACCUGUCGCCAUGGAGAGAGAGGAGCUGUACAGAUUUCUUAGAAAACGGUUCCUGCCCCGAUCUCCCACCGGAUGAUGAAGAUGUCGAAGUGAAUACCAGACUUGGUUUGAAUGAAGAGCCUCAACCAUUCAUCAUCAGUGUCAGCCUGCACUCAUCGUCCAAUUGUGCCAGUUCAAUCAAGUACCUUCUUCAGAUUAUCACCGCCUUUAUCCACGCUCACAAAGUCGACGUUCAUUCCGAAAGAGUGCCACGUAGUCCACCAGACUCUGUGUACGUGCGUGUGUCUGUGUCUGUAAAUGCGGCGCAAGCCCCCGAAAGUGCUCACAGAGUAAUGGAAACCAGCCACUUGGCCGACGACCGGCGGCUUAUCGCACAGCAUGGUCGCCUGCCGUUCCUCAGCUUGGGCCCGGGGAGCCCCCUGCUCUUGUCUCCGGUUCUCGAUUGUGUCCAGGCAUCCACCCCCCUCGGUUCUCUUCACAUGCCCGUUAUACUUGGCUUGGGCUCAGGCAGCCACGCGCUCCGAUGUCAGCCGUCCAAGAGGUUCUGCAGGGAGGAAAGCUUUUUGGAUGCUUCUGUGACUCCACUUGGCUUCCAUUCAGGCCCACAAGCUUACACAAGAUGA